AUUGGCUAAUGGGAUCAAUGUGAGAAACUUCCCAAAUACAGAUAAGUGAUGAUGAUCUGGUUGAUGUUAUGGAGAAAUAUGAGGUAAGAAACGCUGCUAAGAAGAAGUCUCAUGGCAUUAAGCUUGACCUAGAUGUUGAGAAUAAGAAUCAUAAAGACUUUAUGGAGUACUUAAUAUAAGAACGAAUUCGCAACUUCCUGAACUUAAUUUCUUGUCGAUUUCAACACCAGAUGAAGGAUCUCUGGCUCAGAAUUUCUUACAGACUUGUGUACACCUUCCUAUCACAGAAUUUGAGUUACGGAACACCAGUGGGAGCUUAGGGACUAACUUCUCGUCAUUUAGGGAGAUUUUGAAAAGAAUAUUACCCAUAGUCAGCAAGCGAAUAUUCUUAAACAAUUUUGCAUUCAGUAAGGAAAAGAAUGAUCUCAAAGAAAUCAUUCUUAGUUCUAAAAAUACUAAAACUCUUGAAUUUUACAGAUGAAGGCUUAACUAUACUAACCUUGACUUUGGAAAGGUUAAAUUUAAGAUCAAAAAGCUUGGCCUAAGGCUCUGAGGCCAUCGAAGGAUUGAAGACUGGAGUAUCAAAACCGGAACUGAGGAGUACACCAUGCCACAUGCAAUGGUGUAUGGUAUCUCACAGUCUUCGAUGCUUAAAAGUCUUCAACAGAUUGAUCUCAGAGAUAAUGGAAUGAGCUCCUAUGCUGAAGUAGAGCUCAAGUCCAUUCCUAAAAUGGAAAAUAUGAAGUUUAUUAUUUUCUAGAAAUUUUAGUUAAAAA